AUGUUCCGCUUGGUUCUUGUUAAUGCUCGUGCACUCCUUGGAGGACAAGAAAAAGGUAGAAAAAGCCGCCCCCUGGUGGGGGUGGAUCGCCUCUACGCUAGAUAUCAGUUUAAAAGGCCGAAACCCUUCUACUAUCCCGAUCGCAAGGAGGAGGCCGAGCGCAAGGCUGAAGCAGCAACCAAAGAAAUAGUUGAGAUGGAGAACAGCGGACUGCGGCCAAAGAACUUCUGUUACAAGGUCCUGGGCGUCAGCAAGUACGCAACCAUCGAAGAAAUCCGCGACGCCUACCUGGUACUGGCAAAGCGCUACUAUCCAGAUGUAGCGCGCUCUAAGAGGGCUCUCAACCAAUUCCAGGAGAUCUCCAACUCGUAUCAUAUUCUUACUGAGGCAAACAAAAGGCUGGAAUAUGACCAUCGCAAAAACGUGGCAAUUGAAAAGGCCUGGUCGAGGCCUCCGAAGAAAUUGCGGCAGAAGUGGCAUAAAACUAAGCAACUUCAAUCGGAGAUAUCCGCCAACGAUGAAGAGGCCACCCUUGGCUGCAAUAAACUCUUCGACCUGUGGUACUUAAGGAAGUGUGAAAAGUGCGGGGGCACGCCCCAGUUGUUGUCAGAUCGCGAUGUCGAGAAGGAGCCAUGCCGCCGCUGCCAUGGCACAGGCAAGGUGUUCAGUCAAUCAAGCGGAACCCAUGCGGACAUACUGUCAGACGUCGAGAUGGUGGUUAUAAAAAGUAAGGGUAUACGCAGGAAUGGAGUGGGCAAAGGUAUUGACACAGUGAAGGUUUUCGUUCCCCAUAAACUGUCUGCGGAGCAGCGUCUUCUGAUUCUGGCAUUGGCCAAAACAGAGGACCCCAUCUUUUGAGGUAAGACGGUAGCAGCGGAGGCCAGAGAGAACAGCGUAGAACGCAAGGAAGACUCUCCAUGGCGGUGACUCUCAGAAGGAAUAAGCAAUUCGUAAUCUCUAUUGGGAGCUGGGAUCCAGAAAUUUCGUUGGCGCCAUGGUCGGUGUAAUGUAGCUGUCUGGCAGCCUGGUUUGGUAUCACAGCUGUCUGGCAGCCUUGCUUGGCAUCGCGGAUUUAUUUUGUUCUGACCUACGGCCACACUACCAGCAAAACACAAA